AUGAGUUCUGACACUCUCAAGAGACCUGGAGAUGAAGAUCUAGAACAACCAGAGGCCGUUGAGAAAAAAGUUCGGAUUCAGUCUUAUGACCAUAGCUCUUUGAGUGAGCCCGUUUCGACCAUUGAAAUCAUCCCAACGGACAAGUUUCGGAAGCAAAGAGAACGAGGUUAUGUCUCGAAAGAUGGUCUUAAAGAGUCGAACAAAGUGAGCAAAAGCAAGUUCGAAGAAGAACUGUCGGCCAUGGAUCACGAGAAAGUUGCUGCGCUCGAAGAAGAGCAGCAAUUGGGAUGGGCUCGAAGCCCGAUCCCCGAAGAUUUCGACCCAAAAAAAGAUUCCAUUUCGUUUCAGCAGUUGGACGCGGAGCAGAGCGUUUUGCCACGUGUGGUGGACGAAAAUACUUCCUCAAUAGUGCGGUUUUUCGGGGUUACUCAAGAGGGACGCUCUGUUCUCUGCAACGUUACCGGUUUCAAACACUACCUAUACGUACCUGCGCCAUCCGAUUUUACAAAACACGAUAUCAAGGCUUUUCAAGACUAUCUGAACAGCAAUUACGACAACGCUGUCGACAGCAUGGAGAUCGUGAAUCGCCAGUCCAUUUGGGGGUAUUCUGGUACUGCAAGCAUUCCGUUUCUCAAAGUUUUCGCUACAACCCCAGGUGGGAUCAAUAAAGUUAGAACAGCAUUUGAGCGUGGGUAUAUCAAUUUUAAUGAAAAUUGGUUUUCCGGCGGCACUACGACUUAUGACAAUAUCGCGUAUCCUUUGCGAUUGAUGAUAGAUUGUGGCAUAGUUGGUAUGUCUUGGAUCACACUUCCAGCGGGAAAAUAUCAUUGGAUCCCUAAAGCGGACCGAAUCAGUACCUGCCAGUUUGAAUUGCGCAUCAAUUUUAGAGACUUAGAGGCACACCCAGCCGAUGGUGACUGGGCGAUGUCGGCACCUCUUCGUAUCCUGUCCUUCGACAUCGAAUGUGCUGGAAGAGUAGGUGUGUUUCCCGAACCCGAGAUAGAUCCCGUCAUUCAGAUUGCCAACGUCGUAAGUAUUGCAGGCGAGUCAAAGCCAUUUGUGCGCAAUGUGUUUACCGUUAAUACUUGCGCAUCCAUUACAGGGUCUCAAAUUCACGAACAUGCGACAGAGAAUGAAAUGCUCAAGCAUUGGAGAGAUUUCGUCGUUCAGGUGGAUCCAGAUGUGAUCAUCGGUUACAACUCAGCCAAUUUCGAUUUGCCGUAUCUCCUAGACAGAGCACGGGCUCUGAAAAUUGAACAGUUCCCAUACUUUGGCCGACUCAAAACAGUCAAGCAAGAGGUCAAAGAAUCUAUUUUCUCAUCGAAGGCAUACGGUACACGAGAGUCUAAAACGAUCAAUAUUGACGGCCGCUUACAGCUGGAUCUUAUACAAUUUGUUCAAAGGGAAUACAAGCUCAGGUCGUACACUUUGAAUGCUGUGUCGGCGCACUUCUUGGGCGAACAAAAAGAGGACGUUCACCACAGCAUCAUCAGCUCUCUUCAGAAUGGUGAUGCCGACACGAGAAGGAGAUUAGCAGUCUAUUGUUUGAAAGAUGCAUAUUUACCUCUGAGGUUAAUGGAAAAACUCAUGGCACUAGUCAACUACACAGAGAUGGCCCGUGUGACAGGUGUGCCGUUUACUUAUUUACUGGCGCGCGGUCAGCAAAUUAAGGUCGUAUCUCAAUUGUUUCGUAAAUGUCUUCAAAUUGACACGGUCAUUCCCAACAUGCAAUCACAGGGCUCAGACGAACAAUAUGAAGGUGCUACAGUUAUUGAACCCAUAAGAGGGUAUUACGACGUGCCGAUCGCAACCUUAGAUUUCAAUUCUCUUUACCCUAGUAUUAUGAUGGCACAUAAUCUGUGCUAUACGACAUUGUGCAGCAAAGGUAUUGUUGAGCGUUUAAAUUUGGUGAAAGACGAGGACUAUAUUAUUACGCCUAAUGGCGACUACUUCGUCACCUCAAAGCUUCGUCGUGGCAUCUUACCCGAAAUUCUGGAAGAACUAAUCAGCGCCAGAAAAAGAGCGAAGAAAGAUUUGAAAGAGGAGAAGGACUCUUUUAAACGUGAUGUGCUUAAUGGUCGACAACUUGCUCUAAAAAUCUCUGCAAACUCGGUGUAUGGUUUUACUGGUGCUACUAUAGGAAAAUUGCCCUGUUUGCCAAUUUCAUCUUCGGUUACUUCUUUUGGGCGUGUUAUGAUCGAAACUACCAAAAACGCUGUCGAAGAAAAGUAUUGCCUGAAAAAUGGUUAUAAACAUGACGCGAUGGUUGUCUAUGGUGACACCGAUUCUGUCAUGGUCAAAUUUGGUGUCAAAGAACUCGAAGAAGCCAUGAGGCUGGGUGCAGAAGCUGCCGCGUAUGUUUCCACGUUGUUUAAACACCCGAUAAACUUGGAGUUUGAAAAGGUAUAUUAUCCAUAUCUUUUGAUCAAUAAGAAAAGGUAUGCUGGCCUCUAUUGGACGAAACCGGAGAAGCCUGAUAAAUUGGAUCAAAAGGGACUGGCCUCUGUUCGACGUGACUCCUGUCCUCUGGUUUCUAUCGUUAUGAACAAAGUGCUAAAAAUGAUUCUUAUUGAGAGGAAUGUUGACGGUGCGCUAUCAUUCAUAAGAGAUACGAUUGCCAAAAUUCUACACAAUGAGGCAGACAUCUCAAAACUUAUCAUAUCAAAGACUCUAGCCCCAAAUUACACAAAUCCACAACCGCAUGCAUUGCUAGCUGAGAGAAUGAAAAAACGAGAUGGUGUAGGACCUAAUGUCGGAGAUCGUGUGGACUAUGUUGUCAUAGGAGGCAACGACAAACUCUACAACAGAGCUGAGGAUCCACUUUAUGUCUUGGAAAAAAACAUCCAGAUAGAUUCAAAGUACUAUCUCACAAAUCAGCUACAAAAUCCGAUUAUAAGCAUAGUCGCUCCAAUUAUUGGAGAAAAGCAGGCUAAUGCGAUGUUCAUUGUAAAAUCCAUUAAGAUCUCGUCCGGAAUGGCAAAAGGUGGCCUGAUGGGAUUUGUCAAAAAAGUGCAGACAUGCAAAGGUUGUAAGGGCCCUCUCAAGAAGGGAAGCGGGCCCCUCUGUGAGAACUGCCUGGAGAGAUCUGGCGAACUAUACAUCAAAGCCCUUUACGACGUGCGCGAGCUUGAAGAGAAGUUUGCACGUCUAUGGACUCAGUGCCAGCGCUGUUCAGGAAGUUUGCAUAAUGAGGUACUCUGCUCGAACAAAAAUUGUGACAUUUUCUAUAUGCGGGUGAAGGCCAAGAAAGAGUUGCAAGAAAAGGUUGAUGAUUUGAGCAAAUGGUAA